AUGUUGUCAUCAUUGGGUGCCUCCGCCUCCGCCUCUACUUCCAACACUUCUACCUCCCAAACCACAACAAGAAAUGCUACAACUUUUGUAAUCCGCUCUCACAAGAAUCGCCCAGCUCGGCCUUUCUUGGCCAUUGCUCUCAUUUUGGGAUUAGGGGCCUACUUGUUGUGGGCCGAUUGGAACAUUCAAAAUGAUCUGCUUUGGUUUGGAGGAGGUUUGCUCAUGGGCUUGGUCGUAUUGGAAACGGCAGCUUCCUUUCAAACGGAAGAAGUCUCGGUUCGAAUUACACCCUUGGGGGUUCAGAUUAUCCAUCAGAGGUACCAUCAUCGCAAGGCUCCUUCCUCGGAUGAUAUGAAUCCUGGGAAACACUCCAAAUUCAAACAACCGCCCCCCAAACACGAACCAUUUCUGCCACGAGAAGUGGUGCAAGAUUGCAUUCUGGUAGAGCACGUUGGGGUGUUUUCAGUAGCGACCCGAUUAAUCGUUCGAUUGAGUUCCACUUGCAGCGACUCCAACAACAUUGUUUCCAUCCUACCCGAUUCCAUCAAAUUGUCCUUUGCGCAAUGUCACGAUUUGGCACAACAAAUACAGCUGGCGAUCAAAAAAAGUUGA